UGGCUCUGGGGCAAGACCGCAAGACUGUUUUGUUUUCUUUGAUUGCAGUUGCAGAUGUUGAGCUUCAAGAACCGUAAACACACGGAAUAAACCGAACAAACACGACAAACUCUGGCUAUAGUUUUUUCAAAGUUUAUGAUAAGUAUAAUAUACACUCUGUUUUCUUUUAGUCGGAGCAAUUAACAGUUCCUCAGUUCCCAAGGUGCAUUUUUCAAUCAAAAUUUCGUAAAAAUGCUGGCUUUACAAACGGGACCUGUAACAGCUGGAAUUCCAGACAAGCUGUGGCAACCACAUUUUGUUUCUUUUGAAACGACAAUGGGAGAAAUUUCAAUUGAAUUGUACUGGAAACAUGCGCCCAACUCUUGCCGGAACUUUGCUGAGUUAACGCGUCGUGGAUACUACAACGGGACUAUCUUCCAUCGAAUAAUACGGGACUUCAUGAUUCAGGGAGGCGACCCAACCGGUACCGGGCGUGGAGGACAAUCAAUCUAUGGGCCAACAUUUGCCGAUGAGAUCAACGCUGAUCUAAAACAUACCGGUGCUGGGGUAGUAUCGAUGGCCAAUUCUGGACCAGACACAAACGGAUCACAGUUCUUCAUAACCUUGGCACCGACACAGUGGUUGGAUGGAAAGCAUACCAUCUUCGGGAGGAUUCAUACAGGAAUGCAAGCAAUCAAACGGAUAGGGCAGGUUGAAACGGACAAAAACGAUCGACCCGUAGAACAGAUCAAAAUAGUUAAGGGAAAAGUGGAGAAGUAUUGAUUAGAAUCGAAUCUGAUUUCAUAUGCAAAAAAUAUAAUAA